AUGGCUUCAGCGUGGGUCACGCCGCCGCGCCACAGGGGGCUGGACACGACGCGCAUAGCGAACGCCAUCGUGGACGAGACGCUGCGCGUGUUCCGGCUGAACGCGGCGCUGGUGGAGCGCCUGACGCCGCUGCGCCUUCCGGGCGAGCUGCGCUUCCCGGGCGGCCGCGUGCACGACGUGCGCGUGCUCGGGCUGCCGGCGCUGGUGCGCCGCGGAGACGUGGCCGCGUCGCUCAGCGGCGGCGUGCUCGCCCUGUCGGGAGGCCUGGGCCUCGACGAGCUGCUCGUGCAGAGCCGCUACAGCGCCGGCCCGCGACAGCCCCUGCAGCUGGCCGGCGAGAUCGACGGACGCGUCACCAACCUCACUGCCGGCGUGCAGCUCGCCGUCAACGUAGCCCAGGCCAGGGCUGUCCUCGACGUGUUCAAGUUCAGCAACAUCGGCGACAUCCAAGUCACACGGAUGACCGGAGCAACACCAGCAUUCAACUGGCUCGGUGUUGUGAUCAUGAAUUUCAUACUGGAAGACCAAGCAGACACACUGCGCCAGAAGCUCGAGGAUGAAGCCAAGGCCGCUCUCAACGAGUCCCUUGCAAACACUAAAAUCCCAUUAACAAUAAACUGAUUUGGACAUACUACGGCAGCAUCCAGUCAGUGCAUAUGAUUGCAAAACCCCGUG